UUGAUCGGUCGCAACCGCGAGUCCGCGACGGGGCGAGACACCGGCGGCCAUAGCUCGAGAGCUCGAGGUCAACCCGAAAGCCACGCACGCGCCGCGCAAUGGGUUCCGACGCCAGCAGCGCCGCCGACGCGAUGGGAGUGCUCCGGGCGGCGGUGCCCCUGCAGGCGGACGCCGACCUCGUCCUGGCUACCGGCGGCGGCGGCGAGCGGGGGCAGGUGGUGGGGCUCGUCCUCGUCGACGUCUCCAACGGGUUCUGCACCGUCGGCGCCGGGAACCUCGCCCCCGUCACGCCAAACAAACAGAUAGAGAAGAUGGUGGAUGAGGCCGCUAGGCUCGCCAAGGUGUUCUGCGAGAGGAACUGGCCAGUCUUUGCGUUUCUUGACACCCACUACCCUGAUAAGCCCGAGCCGCCUUUCCCGCCACACUGUAUAAUUGGUUCUGGCGAGGAAAAUUUUGUCCCAGCUCUGGAGUGGCUGGAAAAGGAUCCAAAUGUAACGAUCAGGAGGAAGGAUUGUAUUGAUGGUUAUCUUGGUGCAUUUGAGAAAGAUGGCUCAAAUGUUUUUUCAGAUUGGGUUGCGAAGUUUCAGAUCAAAACCGUAUUGGUUUUAGGAAUAUGCACAGACUUUUGUGUUUUGGAUUUUGCAAGUUCAGCUUUGGCUGCCAGGAACAUUGGCCGAGUGCCUCCGCUGGAAGAUGUUGUCAUUUAUUCAGAGGGUUGUGCUACGUAUAACCUCCCAGUUGAAGUAGCCAGGAGUAUGCAAGGAACCUUGGCUCAUCCUCAGGAUCUAAUGCACCACAUGGGACUUUACAUGGCAAAAAGCAGGGGUGCAAAGGUUGUUGACAGAAUCAUUAUUUAAGAUUAGAGGUGUAAAACUAACACAAGACUGUAAUAGUGACCUGGAUCGAUUAUCUAGUUUGGUUUUUAUUGCUGGGACGAUGAUCCUAGUGUUCUCUUUACUUCUUCCUUUUAUCUCUUCAAUGUACAACAAUCUGACAUAUAUUUCUUUACUUCUUCCUUUUAUCUCUUCAAUGUACAACAAUCUGAUAUAUAUUUGCGGUUGGACAGAAUACUGAUAUUUUGCUAAUGUUUCGUGCACGGUUGUGCGUAAUUAAUCUAAGGAAUUUGGUAUGGA